CCCGCCCGGAGCCGCCGGCGAGUCGGGCCGAGCCGCCUCGGGAGCUGCUGCCGGAGCCGGCGCCCGCCAUGGGCACGGGGCGCGGGGGGAUGCGCUGCAUCAAGAUCCUGCUGUUCAUCUUCAACCUGACCUUCUGGGUGGCAGGAUUGGCUGUCAUUGCCUUUGGUCUAUGGCUGCGGUUUGGUGGGGUUAUGGCAGACUUUGCUUCAGACAAAAAGUCUCCAGAGUAUUUCUUCAUGGGACUCUAUGUAUUGGUGGGAGCAGGGGCUCUCAUGACCACAGUUGGAUUUUUUGGGUGCUGUGGAGCAGCGCGGGAAUCUCAGUGCUUAAUUGGAGCAUUCUUUGCUUGCUUGUUGGUGAUAUUUGCAGCUGAGAUUACUGCUGGAGUAUUUGCCUUUAUAGGCAAGAAAGUGGCAAUACAGGAAGCCCAGAAAAUCUAUGAAGACAUUUAUGACGACUAUAUGAAAAACCCAGUGGGGAAGGUCAACAGCACUAUCUAUCACUACCACGUGGCCCUCCAAUGCUGUGGUAAAGGUAAUACGGAACAACAAAUGGGAUUACCCUGUCCAGAGAAUACUCAGAAGAACUGCCUGGUUGAAAUCCAGAACAUAAUUGAUGCUAAUCUGCAUUUAGUUGGAAUUGUUGGAAUUGCAAUUGCUGGCACCACAAUCUUUGGCAUGAUAUUCAGCAUGGUUCUGUGCUGUGCGAUCCGUAACACAAGAGACAUGAUCUAAAACUUUCACUGCACAACUAUGUCCCAGGAUUUCCAGACUAAGCUUCACAAGAAGUGCUCUUCUACCCAAUUUAAUAACUGUAAUGCAUUUUAAUUAGUGUUUUAACAUACUGAGAGGAAAAUAUCCCAUUAGGUGAGCAGGUGAAUUGUAUUAGUUACAGUAAAACAAAAGUGAACAAAAAAGGGUUUUAAAAUGUCCUUUUUAAUGAAAAAAAAAAAGCAAAGGUACAUCUAACACUAAUUUGAUUUUUAAUGUUUGUGUAUGUGCAAUUAUGAGUUUAUACAUCUGUAGACAUGCAGAUAAGCACAUGCAUAUCUCUCCUUACAAAUAUAUGCACAUGAGCAGGUAUCUGUAUAUGCAGUACCUUGUUUAGGUAAGUAUGUGCAAAUGGAGUAUGUUGUGUGUGCAUGUUUGCAUGCAUAUUCUUCCAGAGUCUCACUAUGCAAGAAUGUACACACACCCAUAGGUAUACAGUGCUUGAAACCCUUUCAUAUCGAGCCCCUGUUUACAAAGAGUUAGUAGAGGAACACAUGCCAUUUUAAAAAGUAAGACCCAUGAUCCAUUUUGUAACUGUUCUUUCCAAAGCCCAAACAGAGUAGAAUUAAUAAAAUUGGACUUUAUUUAAUGCCUCAGGGCCUGCUCUAGCAAACUUUAAUUUAUGUGAGUAGACCCAUUGACUUCACUGUCAUGCAGGGACUAUUUUAUUUAUUUUUUUUUUAGGACUGAACCCUUCAUGCAAAGGCAGAAAGCUCUGGGGGAGGAAACAUGUCCAAGGAGAUCCAGGCUAAGGGAAGAGGGGGAAAGAGGUGGGAAGAUGGCAGUCAUUUGUGAGCAAUUGCAGGGCAAAGCAUGCUCAAGCUUCCCAAGCUAGCCUGAGACACACACACACAAAAAUCUAUGAGUUAAAGGGGCCACUAAAAUCUUUAUUCAGAAGUCCCUUUAUCCUGCAACACUCUAUAUGGUAUAUGUGCUGGCGCAGGAGUGGAGCCGAUAUCCAGAAGAGCAGCAGCUUUGUCAGAUACUCUGUAGAAUCUAACUGGCAUGCGGAAGCCAACCAAAGAGUGAAAAUGGUCAGGGAACGACACGCAGCACUUUAAUAUCCUCUGUUUCUGCUUCUGUGACUAUCACAGCUUCUAUGGGGCUCUUACCUCAACCUCUCACCCUUUCUUGUGGGUGUAAGGCAGGAAAGAAAGACAGGACGUUUUUAGAGCCAUAAAGUCAAUUUUCUUACUGGCACCUUUAGAUUGCAUGUCAAGUAUAAAAAUUACACUGUGUGCUUGAAAUACCUCAGGGCUUGCGUUUACAUAGUUUGUUUCUAUAUUUUUAUUUUUCUAUUUGUCAUAUUUAUUCAUAAGAGAAUGUUCUUUUUAAAGCAGCCUAGAAGGGAGAAAGAUUGUCCCCAGAAGGGGAAAAUAAAUUACAUCAAAGGCUCAGAAUCUCUUAAUUUUUGGCUUACUCGAGAUAAUUCACCAUUUCAGAGAACAGCUUUUUGCUAACAAAAUCCACGCAGCAGCUCUGUCUCUCUGAUGAUCACUAGUUCAGAUUUCUGAUGCAGUUGUUCCAUACAUCAUGGGGAAAAGUUCAGCUCAUUGAAAUGGUCCCUGAUGUCUAACAGGACUUGGCAUUUACCAGUUAUGGGGUCUUUAUUCCACUGAAAUGGAAAUGGGAUUUCAGAAAACGUGUGCAUUCUAGUGCACGUGUUUGUGUGGAAUAUACAUCCCUCGGGAUACUUAUCUCACGUUUCCCACAGAAGGACCAACUCCCAUGGCUUUUCUGUUAAUUCAGGAUUGGAAAUAGUGUUGCUGUUUCAUGUGUCCGAUUUAAUUGACACAUCUUGCUGUCUUUUACAUAGAUCUUUCUUCAAAUUGUUCAACCACGAACUGAGACAGCUGUGCACUAAAUGCUGGGUAUGCAGCUACCAACUGAGCAUUUUCUGGGCCUAGCUUCAGGCACCCAGCUGACAGGGAGACACUAUAUCGCACACCAAAGAAGAGUUAGGCUUGUAUCACUGUUCACAGCUGAUUAGCUAUGGAUGCCAUGUAAAAGUAGGGCCUGGGACCUUAUUUUGCAAACAUCAGACCAGAAAAUGGUCCCCCAUGUGCUGUCUGCUCCUAGGAAAGGCUCAACUGGGAGAAUGACACUGGCAACAAAUCCCCGAGGGUCUCAAGCUGACAUGAAGAAAGUAAGUUUCUCACAGCAAACUGACACGGGCAAAGCAGCUUCCUGGAUCCCAGGUACACUUGAAACUGUCCCUACAACUGGUUCUGCUCUAAACAGAUAAUGGGAUAGUGUGCAACUGGGGUGUUUUCUCACCGGCUAAUACCGGCAGAAAGAAGAAACCUGUGCAUAGUGUCAUUUUUGCCAUUCAGAGCAAGAUAGCUUUCCAUGAAAACCAGUAAAAAUAGCACAAUAGGGAAGACAGUGGUCCAGGUUCCAAGAUUAUUGCCCUACAGGGACAGAAGUUAAGUUCAAAUAAAGCUAUUUCUUUCUGUUACACCCCCUCGUAAUAACAACGUUUUAAUUAUUUUAAACACAUCUAAAUAUAAUUGGUUUUAAUUCCUCAAAUUUGUAGCACCAGAAUGUAGUGAUAGGACCAGAGUUUACUACUUUAUUUGUUUACUGCUUCUUCAGUAAGCUGGAAGAUGCCCACUCCUGCUAUUGAGAUGCACUGAAUUAAAAGGCAGCUUGCAGAAACUUCUGUGGCUUCCCCAGUGCCCCACUCCCCCAGAAGUACAAAAACAUCUAAGUGCUUUAUGAAAACAGGGAAGAGUGGUACAAAGAAACCUUCUAUAAGUUCAGACUUGAACAACCUAACUUUCUGCUGAAGCAUUUUGGGUUUGUGUUUGUUUUUUUUUUUAAUCCUCUGAACAGUGCAUUUGUUUUUCUGAGCGUAACUACUGCUUAUACUCUAGAGUUUACUACUAUUUAGGUAUAGGGGAUACCUGCACUUGCAUAUCAGAAACAGAGUCAUACCAGUUAUUGGUUUAGUUCUCUAAGUUAUGGGUACAAUUUAAGCUGGAAAUCAACAUGUUAUGCAUCUACUAGUGCCUGUAACGGAAUCCAGAGAUACAGCCUCUUUUGUUGUUUCCUGCUGUUGUCUGCUGUUGUGAGGUGCAUAAUAUAUUUGCAGUUGUCUGUGCAUCUUAGUAACUGAAAGUCUUCUGUAACUCAUUAAGGGACAGAAAAUACAGCUGUUCUUUCCCUGUCAAAGCUGUAAGAAUUCGAUCCUGUUGCUUUUAGAUCGUAGCUAGUUAACAACUCCAGUUUCCACUGACUAGCUUGAGCAGCCCUUUUUAAAAUGUUCAAAUGUCACAGGCAGGGUUAUGGCUAUCAAAACUGGAUAUAUAGUGCCCACAGUUUAUUGUGCUGCUGCUCUUUCAUUUCAGCUCCUGAAAGUGCAAAAUCUUUGAUUUUUGUCAGCAGUACAAAAUAAUUUCCAAGCAACUACACCAUAUGCCUUCAAUAAGAAAGAUUUUUAAAGCAAACUAAAUCCAAACCAGUAUCUAAACUUCCUCAAAUACAGUUCACACUCCAGAGUUGCAUGCCAGGAUUUAAUUAACAAACUCCAAUGCUUGUAUGCACCAGAUACAUAGACAUAUAACUGCCAUAUAAGUCAGCGGAAGUACCCAUUUAGCCCUGUCCCUUGUACCUGUUUCAGAAGAAAGUAACAAAAGAUCAAAUCCCUCCAGGUGAUAAUUCUGAAAGCACAUUUCUCACGUUUUCUUCUACUGUCAAACCAUUUGCUCUAAAGCAUAAAGAUGUAAAUUGUUGAUGCCCUUAUUACAUCUCUAGACAUCAUUAUUCACAUUUCCCUUGUCUAAUUUUUCUAAGUAACUGACUUUAGUGGCAGCUUCAUUUGUUACAGGAAAACAUCAACCAGUUUUGAUGUCUUGCAGAGAUUGCACAGGAGCUGAUGAAGCACAGCCCUGUAAUAUACCUACAAUGAAGUUUCAUAUUUCACUUUUCUUCAUACUGAAAGCGAUAGUUUUAUAGCAAAAUAAAUUUCAUAGAAUCAUACAAUACUAGGUUGGAUCAUCUGGUCCAACCUUUCAUGGCAAAAGCGCAGUCUAGACAAGAUGGUGCAGCACCCUGCCCAGCUGAAUCCUUAAAGUGUCCAGUGGUGGGGAAUCCACCACUUCCCUGGGGAGAUUAUUCCUGUGGCCGAUUGUUCUCAUUGUGAAAAAUUUUCCUUUUGAGUCCAGUCGGAGUCUCCCCUGCAGUAACUUGUUAACCCAUUACCCCUCAUCUUUUCCAUCUGACUGCUUGUAAAAAGGGAGUCUCUGUCUUCUUUGUCGUCACCCUUUAAAUACUGGAACAUGGUGAUAAGGUCUCCCCUUUCAUAUAUAUAUUUUGUAUGUAUUGAAAAAGAAACUGAGUUAUCUUAAGCCUUCAAAUGCUGUAUUUUACAGCCUUUGGAGGCUACUGAUUAAUAGCGUGGGAUGCUGGUCACAGAAAACGUACAUAAGUAAAGCUUUUCAAUCUUACUUCUUCCUCUCUAAUGGUGCUCCAGACACUGGGUUCUCCAAAACACAAACCACUUCCAAUAUAACGUAUUUGUUUCUAUAGCACGAAUUCUGAUUUUGGACAGAAAUGGCGUAUCGGUUUGUGCUGCAAAGUCUGUAGCAGAGUUACCUCUACAGCAGCUUUCUUUGCAAGGAAAAAAAACCCCGAAUUACCCUGUUGCUGAAUCAGCUUUCACUUCCCUUUCGUCUAACGUGUUCUGAAGUGGCGUUUUAUCACCUUUUCUGUCUUGAAUUUAAAACAACUUUCUAAUAAAAAUAACCCGAAAUAAGCGACU